AUGACAAGAUCCUUCGUUGAAGAAUUCAGAGCUAAUUUGAAAAGGAAUUUUGUCAAAAUAAAAGAAGAAGAAGUUUCUCCACAAACAGUGCAGAAAAAUUAUAAUAAAGAAUCUCGUCUCAACAGAUCCACUGUGCGUUUGGCAUCGCUCUUCACCGCUGAUCAGACUUGCGGCGGAAAUCCCGAGCCGAAGCAUCACAAAACGGCCCCCCUCUCACUACCCACCCUCCCCACCACGGUCAUUUCCGAGUGCAUAAUUCGGAGACUCCGAUCGGUGUGCACACCUCUCCCUCAUCCGCUCUCCUCUCAUUCCCUGAUAUCAUUACCCCAAACAAUCCCGACGCAGGCUAUCCCUCUUGUCACCUGAUCUGUCACCCUUCCUUCUGUGUCUUUCCUUGGGCUGUGGCUCUCUUCUUCCGGAAUAACAGCUCGUCCAGUUCUCGCUGCCCUUAUCUUUGGUCAUCAGUGUAGAGGAACGUCCUGUGGAGGUCCCUCCUUAUCCUCUGCGGAGCGCCACAAGGAGGUCGUGGUCGGUACCGCUUUACCAUCGCUCCACAGCAAGAGUGACGUCCAACAGCACGAUGCCGUCCUUGCCCACUUUCUUGGAGUCCAAUUUGCUGAGGAUAUUACCGUCAUCUUCUUUCUUCCCGGGCUGCACGAUGUCGAGAACCUGGACUUGCUGCCCUCGCUGUAG